UGAUGCUCCCAGCUGUGCUAGGAUGACUUGUUGUGCCUUCUCAAAUGCCUCAAUGUCUCAAACUGCUUUUCACCACUUAAAAAGUGAGUCCAGCAAGAUAAAUCCACCUCCUGACUCCUGAGCUUUAGCACAGAGAGAAACUUCUAUUAGGGCUACAGCAUCUGAGCUAUUGCUAGUAAAACCCAAACUAGAUGCUGUACACUGAAGUAUAUGGUUAUAAACAAGAUUAUAAAGUAAAUUUUGUAGCGAUUGCCGAAAGUAUUGCAUUCUCAGAGUAUGGAAAUUGCUACCAAUAUUAUGUCUGGACUUCAUAGAAUGAGAGUAGAAAUGGCUCAUAAUCAUGGAAGCCAUCUGUUUAAGAAGAGUUAUUUAAAAAGAGAGAGAGAGAGAGAGAGAAGAUGGUUUAGAGGAAGGGAGACAGGAGGGAGGAGGGUUAUAAAGAGAGAGAGAGAGUUAGAAUAAAUCCUUACCACAUAAUGAUUACGGCUCACAAGUCCUGCCUCUGAAAUGGAGUGCAGAAGGAGCCGGGAUUACAACUACAGUAAUCUGAGAACCGCAACUGCACUCUACAGCCACAGACGAGCACAUCAACUCCAACAAAACAUCAGGGGUCAGGGGAAAUGAGGCACCUUCAACUACGGAAGGCAAGAAAAUAAAUACAAACUCAAGGGAAUAAGAAGCUAAAAUAUCUGUUGGCCAACAAUCAACAACCUGCUAAAACAAGAAACUCCACCUGUCGGCCUGCGCCACCUGUGUGCCCUUCCAACUGCCAGUUUUUGGAAUAAUCCAUGUUGUCUUUUACUGGAAUGAGGACUACACUGGAAAAAUGAGGCGGAAACAAGUUAACAAGGUAAAUGAAAGGUUACGAUUUGUUCUUUGGACUGAAAAGAGACUCUGAAUUCAUGGAAUAUUCCAACAGGAAAUUCAAAAUUCUAUUUUACCUGUUCUUUUUGGCACAAAACCACGAAUUCAAUUGUGCUUUAUAUUGACUGAUCUGUAAGCCUUAUGUUUUUUUUCCAUUUCAUUUGGAUGCAGAUGAGAUGCUGACAGACUUGGACCUGUCCAAUGAAAGUUGAGACACAUGUGUCCACCUAACCAGUGACUGUUCUGGACAAGGAGCUCUAUGCACGUCUGCACCAGGACACUUGUGGACAGCCGUCUCCUGCCUCUCAUUUCUCCUCUGGCAUCCGCUCUCCCUCCAUCUCUCCACGCCACCUCCUCUUUUCCUCCCCCCCUCCCUCCAUCCGUCCCACCCUCCCCUCACGGAAGAUGAUGUGACCUUCUGCCAAACUGCUAGAGACCAUGCCACUGUCACAGUGGGCUGUUCUGUCUACACUGAAAUAGAAUCAAACAAGAGCCACGAGAGAGAGAGAGAAAAAAGAAAGAAGGAGGGGGGGACGGGGAAAAAAAAAAGAAGAAGAAAAAAAAUCAGGACGAGUCACGGAGGAGAAAAUGUGCUGUCGGGCGUCCGGGCUGGAUGUGGUUUGCCAAAGCAGGCAGUAGGCGACUGAGAUGGGCGUUCAUCUAGGCUGUCUCAGCGACACACUGUGGCUGCCGUUGCUGCUGCUGCUGUCUGUCUGCACCGCCCCCCGCUGCCAGUGCCGACCAUUCGGGAUGGUUGAGCCCACCGUGAACGUGGCGGUGGUGUUCAGCGGCUCCGCCUACCAGUUGGAGAUCAAAGGGCGACUGAGCCGGGAGAACUUUCUGGACCUGCCGCUGGAGGUGAACCCCAUCACUGUGCUGGUGAACAACACCAACCCGCGCACUCUACUGACGCGCAUCUGCGACACUCUGGCUGCUAACAGGGUGCACGGGGUGGUCUUUGAAGAUAACAUUGGGUCCGAGGCCGUGGCACAGAUCCUGGACUUCAUCUCCACGCAGACGGCCAUGCCCAUAGUGGGAAUCAGUGGGGGAUCUGCUGUCGUCCUGCCUCACAAGGUCAGACUCGAAGCACCGUGCCAGUUUCUAAAGUCGCUUGACCUGGAUGGGUAAACUCUGAUUUUUGAGUGUUCAUGCUGAGAUUAGAUUCCCUCAGAGUUCUUUCACAGUCUGCAUCAAAGAUUCGUUAGGGAAAAUGUACAGUUAGCAUGCAAAGAAACCCUGACAGGGUCAUCAAGACCAUGAUGUGAAGUGGAGAGGUCCUGAAUCACCCAGAAGGGGUUUAUUUUUGGCUGACUGCACAUUAUCUCACUAAUUACACGGCUGCUUAGCAAAUAUAUAAAUAAAUGGAUAUGAAAUAUUGUUUUGAGAUGAAAUAAUGUUAUUAUUUUAGAAGAAAGAGAGUGAGAGCACAGCUAUGGAGGAAACUAGUGACAGUGUUCUGAGAUACUGUAAAGUUUAAUGGUAAUUACAAAAAUGUUUGAUCCCAGAAUCAAGUAUUCAUAAUAGCAUUCAUUGUGUUAUAAAAUAAAAAUCCCUACAUAAUUAAGGGCUGUUUUCACAUCAGUUUCACAUUUUACUUCUUGUAUUCCUAUAGCUCAAAACAGAAGAGCAUGGCGCUAGCAACAGCAAUGUCAUGGGUUUGAUUCCCAGGGAGCGCAUGCCCUUAUAAAAAUGUUUAAAAAAUGCAUAAACGUACUUUUAGGUCUGAAAAUCCAGCGUUAACGUCAGUUCUGGCAGGUCACGUCAAUCAAGCUUGCAUCAGCUGACUCCCAGCUGACUCACGUCUACCUAUAGGAAUACGACGCCUAUCACAGCAUUCAUAUAUAAGCUCCUCAGUAUUAUCAGCAGCUCUCGCAUAUCUCAGGAGCUAAUUUCCCUCCUCCAUCCCCAGCUCCUCCUCUCUACAGUCAGGAUUUGGCCUUAUGAUUCCCCUGAAUUAGACAA